AUGGCAGCGAUACUUCGUACCUUUAGUCGAUCCAUAGCCAUCUCCCGUUGCUUGGAAGGUGCAAGACCUACCUACCAGAGGCUCAAGUUACGAGCACCCGGCAGAGGUCUAAGAGGCCUAUCCUGUCUAAGCUCGAUGCCGGUCAUCGCGGUGGUGGCAGAUGCCUCUUCAGCCAAUGGCAAAGCUCUGCUUGAGCUACUUCCUCAAGUAUCAGAGAAGUCAACCUGCCUCGUCGGUAACUCCCUGUCCGACUUCAAGGACCUGAAGAGCCUCCCAGAUGUUGAGGUUGUUGUGCUAGCAGUGUUUGCUGCCGGAAACCCUGCCGUCAUCGCUGAUCUCUGGCCGCACAUGACAAAGCUGAGAUGGAUCCACAGCCUUGCUGCAGGGGUGGACACGCUGGUUCCGGUGCUCAACUCCCUGCCUGGUGGUCCGGACAUCCCUCUGACCAACGCCAAGGGGGCGUUCUCGAGAUCCCUGGCCGAGUACAACCUGGCGGCGAUGCUGCACUUCAAUAAGCAGAUCCCGAGGCUGCAGGGAAAUCGCUCCACAAAGACCUGGGACAAGUUCAUCAUGAAUGAGCUCCAUGGACAAACCGUGGGCUUUAUCGGCUUCGGCGAUAUCGCGCAAUGCACGGCGCGGCUGUGCAAGGCCUUUGGCAUGCGGAUCCUUGCUUGGCGAAACACGCGAGGAGCGUCCGGCGAGGAGUUGGCCGACGAAGUCUUCUAUUCCAGCGACGGAGCUGGUGCAAAGCAGGAAGUCUUCAAGCAGUCUGACUACGUGAUUUGUUCGUUGCCUGGUGGUGCGGCGACUUUCCACUGCUGCGGAGCAGAUGAGUUCAAGGCCAUGAAGCCCACCUCGAUCUUCAUCUCCAUGGGCCGAGGCUCCUGCGUGGACGAGGCUGCCCUCGUGGACUCGUUGAAAGGCGGCCACAUCGCUGGGGCAGCCCUGGACGUGUUCGAGAAGGAGCCGCUACCCGCGGAGUCUCCAGUGUGGAACUGUGAAAAUUUGCUGCUGAGUCCACAUAACGCUGACCUUACGAGCCAGUAUAUGGAGCAGACGUGGGACCUGUUCCGAAACCGGUUGGAUGAGUUCACCACUGAGGGCUUUGCGGGCUUCAAGAAUGUCGUUGACAAGUCGAAGGGCUACUAA